CCUCACUUCUAUUUCGAGAGCGGUACUUGCGGCGGGCUUCUUUGUGCUCCCAGUUUGCAAUGCGGGUACUGUGGCAUGGUGCGAUGCGCGUGACUGGCCAUACGCCGCUGGUGAUGCACAUUUCUCCCCCGGGCCACAUCAUUCUCCUACAUGUUCCGCACAGACCUGUUUUUCUCUGGGUGCAAUUAUCGCGUAUUUGCCACCGACACCCGCCCCGAUUUGCCUGCAGUCACGCUUUUCGCUUGCUACUUGCCCACGCUCGGUGAAAAGGGAUUGGCAGCUGGCCAUUUGGCGAAGCGCUUGCAUGGGUGAAUAACAUCCCCGGUCAGCCUGAGCACUGACCAUCUGCUUUUCCACCUUGGCAGCAUCCCACCAUAAUUGCCUCUUUUGUCAAUGUCCCGCGGGCUAGACUUUGCGCUGUGCGCUGUGCCUGUGGCUGUGCUGUGCUUUGUGCUUUGCCCGCACACCACCCACUCUGGCCGUUCCGUCUGCCUGCCCGCCUGCUGGCAAUCCUUUCUCCAUUCGGAGAUGUGGAGUUUUGGCAGUGGAGCGAGGGCGAAUCUUGGAUUCGCUGUGCUUGGCAGCGGGUCGUGCUGCCGGAAAGUUUUAUCUCUCCACUGGCACGGUGCGUUGUUUGCUGCUGCUGCUCCAAAAACUACGCAAUGGACGCGGCCGGAUUUUCCGCCAUGCUUAAUUUUCUCUCCGAGUUGUUCCUUUGCAUGCUGGGCUGUGGGGACUAUCUGGCCCGUAUUGGCUGCGGCCCUCCUGCUCGCCACCUCCAUGUCCCCACAUGCCGGCACUGCGGCUCAUAUCUAUCUUGCUAUCGAUGCAUCUGCAAAUUAUCCCUCCCCUGUUCAUUUCCUGUGCAACCCGGUGCCUGUAUUGCGUUCUCGCAUUGCCUGGAAAGGCACUCCUUUUUAUGCCUUGUGGUGGGAUGCAACACACAUAUUACAAAACAGCAAGGGCUGGCGAUCCCCUGCUCCCGGUUGGCUGAGCGCUCGCCCUACUAGGAAAGUCGCACUCCGGCAUAUUUUCUCUGUUGCAGCAAGUCACGCUUUGGAAAAACUGAUCCUCGCCGAUUUUUGCGUACUAUUAUGCCGCCUCCACUUUUUGCUCGCCUCGCAGUGCGGCCAUGACAAAGAUGACGGCCUCGAGACGAUGAUCGCCCUAUCUCGCCACCUUGCACGCUUGCGCAUAACCGCUUCUGUCGCCUUUGGCCUGGGCGCCAGCUUCUUCUGAGAAUUGCACGCGAAGCGUGGGACAUUUCGGCUGUCCUGGGCUUCGGGGCGGCCAGCUGGGCGCCCCCACUGCACAAAAGGUCUUACACAUCCCCUUUCUCCCCAGCUCUCUGCCGCCUUCCCUUUCUCGUUUCUACUUGCCAAUAUUUUCCCACCUUGCUGCCACAUAUUUUCUCAGGAACCCCUCCACCAGUGACC